GCGUGGAGUUCAGCCUCCGACAACAAGAAGCAGGAUCCAGGCAACAUGGCCGACCUGGGCAAGAAGUACUGCGUGAACUGCCUGGCAGACGUCACCAACCUGCGGCUCCGCUGCACCGACUGCCCCGACAUCGAGCUGUGCCCGGAGUGCUUCUCGGCGGGGGCGGAGAUUGGGAACCACCGGAGAUGGCACGGCUACCAGCAGGUCGACGGCGGCCGCUUCUCCCUCUGGGGUCCCGAGGCAGAGGGAGGAUGGACCAGCAGGGAAGAGCAGUCGCUCCUCGAUGCUAUCGAGCAGUACGGCUUUGGAAACUGGGAGGACAUGGCCGCUCAUGUUGGAGCAUCACGUACUCCUCAGGAAGUCAUGGAACACUAUGUCACCAUGUACAUCCACGGAAACCUGGGUAAGGCCUGCAUCCCUGACAAUAUUCCCAACCGGGUCACCGACCACACCUGCCCCAGUGGGGGUCCCCUGUCGCCCAGCCUGACCACCCCUCUCCCCCCACUGGAUAUCACCCUGGCUGAGCAGCAGCAGCUGGGCUACAUGCCGCUGCGGGACGAUUAUGAGAUUGAAUAUGACCAGGACGCAGAGAAGCUCAUUAGCGGCCUCUCUGUGAACUACGACGACGAGGAUGUGGAGAUUGAGAUGAAACGCACCCACGUGGACAUGUAUGUGCGGAAGCUCAGAGAACGACAGAGACGUAAGAACAUUGCCCGAGACUACAACCUGGUGCCUGUGUUCCUUGGCCGAGACAAGAAAGACAAGGAGAAGGAGAAACCAGGAGCACAGGGAGUCGUAGGCACUGCUAGUGGUGUGGGUGGGGUGGGAGCUGGCGGUGGCGCAAUUGGAUCAGGUUUGGCAACAGCAGCAGGAUCAGGCUCCGUUCCAAGUACACCCAAAAGAAAGAUCACCAAGGAAGAGAAGGACCAGCGGGUGAGGCUGCGGGGGCUGUGCCAGUUCAUGGCCCAUCGGGAGUUUGAAGACUUCUUUGAGAACAUGCAUAAAGAGCGCGGGCUGAGGGCCAAGGUGCGUGAGCUGCAGCGCUACCGUCGAAAUGGCAUCACCCGCCUGGAGGACUCUGCCGAGUAUGAAGCCGCACGCCACAAACGGGAGAAACGCAAAGAGAACAAAAGUGUGGUCGCCUCCAAACGGGGCAGCGGAGGAGGCGGCGGGCUUGGCUCGGGGAUGGGACUCGGAGGUGGAGCCGGAGGGGGAGGAGGCAUUGCUGGAGGGUUAGGGGUAGGAGGCGGGAUCAAAGAAGAAGGUAAGGAUGGCGAGUUUGCUGCCAUCGAGAAUCUCACAGGCUUUGAGCUGCUGUCGGACAGAGAGAAGGUGCUGUGCAACUCUCUCAACCUCAGCCCAGCUCGCUACCUGACUGUCAAAACCAUCAUCAUCAAAGAUCACCUGCAGAAACGGCAAGGCAUCCCCGCCAAGAGCCGGCUGCCCAGCUACCUGGACAAAGUCCUCAAGAAGCGCAUUCUCACCUUCCUCACAGAAAGCGGCUGGAUAUCCCGAGACGCCUCCUAGCAUACUCCUUUGGUCAGGAAGCUGAUAGCUGAUUGGCUAGACAAAACUACUGGGGUUCACCAUUUUUUGUAUUCAAAGGUGACUUUGUGAAUAUGUACAUUGCAAAGAAGGAGGAUGCUGGGAAAAACACUUAUUUUCAUACCAAGGCUGGGAAGAAAAAUAAGCCUUUAUUUUUGCAUUUGGAAAGGGACGGGUUGAAUAUGAAUCUGUGGGUUCACACUAGUUUUGUGUCGAUAUUGUUGUUACACGAUGAUAUUGACACUGUUAACAAAUAUUAUGUAGUAGUGGAGAUAUUGAAGUGUUAUUGCAACAGCUUCAUUGAAGAUGCCUAUGGAGACAUAUUUAAAAUCCAAUAUUACAUUUGCUGGAAGUGGAGCAUUUCACACCUUCGUUUAAAUUAAUCGCCUUUGUGGUUUCUGUCAACUUUGUUUCCUGUUUCAUCAGUUAAAGCUGUAUUCGGUAACUUUCCCGCAAUAAGUAGAGUUGUAUGAUACUUUUUCCCAGAAGUUGUCAUUUUUUAGUCCCCUUUCUUUCCUUCUUACUGGCGACAAGGGAAGGAAAAGAAAAAGCAGAUCUUCCUUGGCUGCUAGUAUCAGGGCUCAACAAAUGCAUUAGCAUGAAGCUAAAAAACCUUAUCAAAGAUUUAUCAACUACCGGUAUGAGGGGCAGGGGGGGUCAUAUACGUUGGCCAGUAAGAAACAAGAAGUGCCAAAGAUAUGUGAGGAGAUAAUGUGGAGGUUAGUGUUGCAUUACACAGUCUGUCCAUCAGCAAGCACUGUCAAAUUCAUUUUUUCAAACGCAAAACUUCCCACUCAGUGCAAAUGGUUCCUGAUAAAGUAAUUAAUUAAAAUUAUAUGUUUGUAUUUAAAAAGAAACAAGCAUCAGCUGAAAUUUAAAAAGCAAUUACACAAAUUCAUUAAUUAUUUAUUCAGAUUGUAUUGGUCAAAUCCUGAUUGGUGCAAGGUCAUAUUUUUCCAACUAAGCUCAGUAACAGAGAAAAACUGAAAUACAGUGAAAUAUACAAAACUUCAUGUAUGAUCCAUUUACUACAGAAGAGCAUCAGGACCAGGCGUAAGAAAAAAAAAUCCAUUUUGCGUUUUCAUAAAAGAAGUUACAUUUCAAGAUUAAAGUCGAACUUUAAGAAUACAUCAAAGGAUAUGACUGCCUCUACACAACACCUUACGUGGAUGAAUUGGCUUAAUCAUUUUUCUUUUAGCCAUAAGCACAGUGUGGUGAUCAGUAUUAGAUUUGAGGUGUAUGUCUGUUCAGGAGGAGAAGUUUCUCCUCCUGAUGGAACGCUGGCAGCUGCCAUAGGCUGUAUCGACAUUUCAACUUUAUUUUCCACAUUUUGACUUUAUUCUCAAAAUGCCCCCAAAAAAACAAUAUCUUCCUACUCAUUUUUCUUUUCUUAUUCCUAACCCAAGUGCUCUACUGUAAUUUACUAAAGGUGAGAAGCUGAUCAAAAAUAUGUAUUUGGGGCCUUUCAGCCAGUCAAUUUUCCUCUCCCUCUCUUUCUCUCUUCUCACAAAGAUCUCCCACAAAUGCAUUGACAAGGGACAGAUCUGUAAACAAGGACUGGUUCAAAACAGCCCCUUUACUUACAAAGGAUCACAGGAGCUCACAGGAAACAUUUCAGGGCGCAUUUUAAUACGAGGUGUGAAUAGGAGAAGUUGGAGCUGACCACUUGUGAUCAGAUCGCUCAGUCCUCCACAAAACUAUCCAUCCAUCCACCAAUUACUAUAACAAACUUGAUAGCAUCAGUACAGCUCCAGCUCCCCCCUGCAACCCCCAAAGGAUAAGGAGUAUAAUGGAUGGGUAGCUUUAACACGAAGUGUGUAUUAAUCCGCCACGGGAAAUAGUCGUCAAAGUUUCCUCCUCUUUGAUCAUUUGCCAAAACAAUUAUAUUGCGGGGAAAGAAAAACUACAGCUGUUUUAAGAAAAUGUAAAUUUGCACAAAUGAUCAAUGAUUUUUAAGAAACGCUUUCGUUUUACUUGGUUUGUCUUUAUCUUUUUGUUUUCUCUUUGCAGUAGAACCACACAGCUACAGUUUGUGAUACACACUGAAAAUUGGGUAGAACAAGCUUCAUAGUGAUCAGCUCCAGCACAGAGAUACAUUUUACACUAGUGCAGCAGCAUAUUGUCCCAUUGCAAACAUGUGUUUAGAUGCAUUAGUCGACUGUCACCAGUUGGUUGAAGAGGCCGAGCAUUGUAUUGUUAAAAUAAGCCAUAGGCUUGUUUCAUUCAGGGGUCGGCUCAUAGGGCCCAAAGUCCGUCUGGCUCCCAGUGUAUCAGAGAGGUGAUGCUAAUAUCCCUCCUGAAGCAACGUUAACAGCGGCGACAUUGAAGUGCCAGCUGAAGCUAUCUGAUCCUUGUCAUUCUGCAUGUGCUACCAAAUGUUCCAACGUGUUGUGUUUUGGUGUAAAUGUCUCAAAGGCAAAUAUGGCGAUCAGAUUUUUGUUGUUCCCAUUGGAGGGAAUGAUGUCUUUUGUAUAGGUGGAGGGUGGGUGGGAGUUGCUCACUUCAUGUCACCAACUGUAAAUAUGUUUGUAAGAUAAAUUGAAAAAAAAAAGAAAGUAUAAUUGCUGACCUGUGAAAUGUACAGUAUUUUUGUCAUGGAAUUUUUUUUAUAGUUUUUUGUAAUUAAAAAAAAAAUCGGAUGACAAAAGAAUAAUUUUCUGAGGCUUUUGGUAUCGUGAUGGCGUUUGGCUUUUGAUCUGCCUUUGAUCAUGUUACCGGUCUGAUACUGUUGAGCUGUGUUAGUGUCCCGUCGCCUUGUUGUCGCACACGACGAGGUUUGUAUGGAGAUGUAUUAAAAGUGCCAAUACUUUAUUAUA